UUGCAAUAUAGAGGUUUAUGCUAUGAAACUGGUUAUUUACGGGGCGAGCAGCACUAUUGCUACAGGCAUUGUGAUUCUGAGUGCAUUUUUGAAUCGAUCUAAUUUCUAUGCAUCAUGCAUAUAUAUGACGGAAAGCAGUGCAUGCUUGAUAGUCUUAAUGAAUAUGGGUCUUUUUCUUGCGACGAUUAUUGGGAAAGUGAUCCAGAGGAUUUUCUUUGGACCGUUACGUGCAAUAGAGAUAGAGCAUCUAUAUGAACGUGCAUGGUAUUCUAUAACGGAGACGUGUUUGGCUAUGACUAUUUUUCGGAAUAGUUUUGAUACGCGAUCAAUUAUUGUUUUUAUUGUAUUAAUUUUUCUUAAAACGUUUCAUUGGCUUUGUUUUGAUCGGCUGGAAUUUGCGAGACAAUCGGAAACUAUAUUAUUGAGACAGCAUGCACGAAUUGUGAUUUCUAUUGUUUUCCUAUUGAUUAUUGAUAUUAUCAUGACGAAUUUUUCUAUUAAUACGAUUCUUCAUGAAAAGCCGAGUAUGAUGCUUAUGUUUGCCUUUGAAUUUGCGAUUUUGACAUCGACGAUUAUCGGAGCAGGGAUUAAAUACAUUUUUAAUCUUAUCGAUUCGUAUCAGGAUACAUGGGAGAAUAAGGCAUUAUAUGUUUUAUAUCUCGAGCUUUUUAUGGAGCUUUUCAAGCUUAUAGCGUAUAGCAUUUUCUUCAUACUAGCAUUAACAUUUUAUGGUCUACCGCUUCAUAUUAUUCGAGAUAUAUACAUGGCUUUCAAAUCGUUUCUUGCUAAAUGCCGUGAUCUUAUUCGAUACAAAAGAGUUACAAACAAUAUGAAUCAGCGGUUUAUAGAUGCAACAUAUGAAGAAAUUGCUACUACGGAGGAUAAAACAUGUAUUAUUUGUCGUGAAGAAAUGGUUCAUUCAAGUAUGAAGAAGUUGGAUAAAAACGAUAAAUCACAAUCACGUAUCAAUAGCACUCCUAAAAAAUUACCAUGUAACCAUAUAUUACACUUUAAUUGUUUGAAGAAUUGGCUCGAAAGACAACAAAGUUGUCCUACAUGUCGACAAUCAGUUUUGGAAGAUCAAUCCAGGGAAAUAUUUAACAUAAAUAGAACCCAAAUAUUUCAUUUUUUGCGUAAUUUAGGAAGAAGAAAUGCCGAAGCACCCAAUAGAAAUCAAGAAAUAAGACAAAACAGAAACCCUGUCCCACAAAACCCUCCUAAUUAUCAAAACCCACAAAAUACACCUAUAUUUCCAAACAAUUAUAGAUUUUAUUCAGACUGGACAGUUAUUCCGUUAAUUAAUCAAAACAUUCAUUCAAUACAUAAUAUAAAUAAUAAUAAUAAUUCAGACACAUCUCUUUCAGAUAAUACAGAAAGUACUAAUCAGAAUAAACAAACGGAUUCUAAUUCAUCCUUCGAAGUUAAUAAAGGGAAAAAUUCUAUAAAAGCAUUUUGUCUAAACAAUGUCGACUCUAAUUUUCAAUCUGCAUUCCCAGAAAGAUUAGAUAUAAUCAAUUUUAAGGCACAAGCACCAUCCAACACUAUAUGUACAACAGAUUUAAAUUUAACCAAAGUUAAUUCCACUUUAUUUGAUGCAGAUAGUAUAAAAAAAAUCGAAGAAAGUAAUAAACUACUUUUGCAGGCUCAAGAGAAGAUUUCACAGAGUUUACAAAUACUAAAAACUCAAGAACUACAGAAAAAUGUUGAAAGUAAAACUCCAUCAAACACUGAUGAGACGGAUAAAAAUUUAAAUAAAGAUACCUCUUUAAUAGAAAACUCCUAGAUGCUCAGGUUUCAGAGAUAAUGCUUUUGAUAAUUGUAAAAAGUUU